AUGAAGGUGCGGGUUGGGGUGAAAGCCCAUGCCGCCAGAGGCCUCGCGGAGGACAGGGAGGAGGAUGCACCGUCGCAAGCUCGGGAGCCGAAAGCUCCGGAAGGAGGAGUCUCCGUGCCGAAGUUCAGACUGAACGGCGGAUUGCGGGACUCGGUGCCCCGCGCUUAG